GUUAGACACUGAUUGAUGAGUUCAAGGGGAAGAUUACAGUGGCUUGUGUUGGUUGGCCAGUUUUGUUUAGUGCUGUUACACCUGGUAACGCAGCCGUACUUGAAAAGCAGUGGGAGGCGAACUGCCACAAAGUGGGAGCUGGGAUUACUGGAUAACCCAUUGCCGUUCCUAGGGGCCUGGAUGAUGGCUGCCCUCUCUUGCCUGGGACUGCUGCUCACUGUUGUUGUCUUUGAGCGUGAUAUUCGUGUCGGUGGACAAAUUAUUGUGGACAGUUUCGAUAGCACUGCUGCUGUCCCAGAGAACAGUCCUCCAGGAACCAGGAUUUCUGAGUUCCGGAUAAUUGUGUACAACUCUCUCAUUGCUCAAAUUACCAUCUCUUCUGUACCGAAAAGCGAAUUCUUUCAGAUAAUUUGGAGGAAGACCCGUGAAACAGAUGAUGGAAUCUAUUUCAAUGCAGAGAUAUUCCUGAACAAUCAUGCCUCAUUGGAUCAUGAAAAGACUCCGAUGUAUGUGCUCACCAUUUCAAUCAUUGCCUACAAUACGAACAGUCUGAAGGAGCAACUCCGGCUGUACGUGUUAGAUGUCCACGACGUGAGGUGUGGUGUACAGUUCCAGAGCCCAGGAGGAGCCACGGUUAACGUGCUGGAAACAGCGGUCCCUCUCUCCAAAAUCUACACAAUUGUCACAGCACCAACCUUCUCAGAGAACUUCACGUACGCCAUUAUCGACACCAUUCCUCUGUCUGCGAGUGACCUCUUCAGUGUGGAUUGGUCGGGCAGCAUCAACGUGCCACUUGAUGGCUUUGGACGACAUAACAUGGAAAGGAACUUCAAACUCUACAUCGCAGUCACUGAGAACACAGUAACUGUUUGUACAGGGGUGGUGACCAUUGUUGUGACUCCAGUCCGUCACUGGCCUCCAGUCUUCACGUCAGUCCCAAGCACUGUCAGCAUUCCGGAGAACCAAGGGCCAGAGUUCUAUGUGACCAAGGUCAGUGCUAAUGGAGAGAAGGUGCACUAUCACCUGGCAACCUUUCACCCCUCCUUCAAGAUAGGUGAAGAUACUGGGAUCAUCAAAACCUCGUUCAACCUGGACCUGGAUCAGGACCCUGGGCUUGCUGUCAACCUGCUGGUGAUUGUUGCUUAUGAUGAUAGCUACCUCUACAGCUCAGCAACUAAUGUCACAGUGUAUGUGACUGACGUGAAUAAUAACAGCCCUGUCUGCACUCCACCCAUCUUUGUGACAGAGAUCCCGGAAACAACUCCCGUGGGGUCCACCCUCUUUGAGCUGUUGUGCAGUGAUCCUGACCACUCCAAUACCACCUUGUCGUACACCAUUGUUCCCAAUGACAACUCGCAAUUUAAGUUCAAGUAUGGAGACCAUAGUGUGAAGGUGAACGAGAGCUUGGAUUAUGACUCUGCUGCCCUGGCGGCCCUGGACUUCCGCUACACCGCUGUGGUCACUGUGGUCGACAGUGGACUGCCUCCUCAGACCACCACGGUCUCGCUGUUGGUGACAGUUACUCAGGUCAACGAGUUUCCUCCUAUCUUUCAUGGUACCAGAGUGUUUUCGGUUUCUGAAAACAGCGCGGUGAACACCCGUGUUGGUGUCGUGAAUGCUACAGAUGCUGACUGGGUCUACAACGACUUACGGUUCACCAUUGUGGGCCAUGAUCCACCCACCUUCUACAUACAUCCCUUCACCGGUGAAAUCAACACAUUGGUGCCACUUGACUUUGAAAGAGUUGACACCUAUGCACUCACAAUCCAGGCUGUGGACAUGAAUUAUGAUGUGGUUUUUGACAGUUUCCAACAGAGGACAAGCUAUGCGCAGUACGUCGUCAAUGUCAAGAAUGUGAACGACAUUCCUCCUAUCUGCGACCCUCCAUACUACAAGGAGACCAUCUAUUCCACGCGUGCAGCCAACAUCCCCAUCACCACAUUAUCCUGCACUGACAGGGAUUCUGAACAACUCGCUUACAGAAUAGUUGGUGGGAAUAUAAAUAGCCGCUUCACUUCACGUGGGAGUACUCUGUUCUCCAGGAAUGCCUUCUCAUACAAUAUGGAUGGGAUCUAUGACCCAACGACCUAUGAACUCCUAAUUCAGGUCUCUGAUGUCGUUGAUACUGAUUCACAGCUUCAGCUCACCACCACGGCAAUCGUCAUUGUCCACGUUAUUCCAUGGAUAACUACAGUGCCAACCACCAAUACACUACCAACAACAAGAACGGCCGUUCACAAAAUGGUGACCGUGUUGGAAAAGUACUGGAAGCCGGAAUCCUGGUUCGUGGUCCUCCUGACAGUGGUGGCAGCGUUGGCUGCUGUGGCUCUCGCAACACUGCUGUGGAGUUGUCUUGCCAGGACCUCCUGGUAUAAACGGAUCUUCCCGCAGGGUGAGGUAUCCCAGCAACUGCUGCAGGACAGUCCACUGCCCGAGGCUGCAGCACAGAAGGGGAUUGGAAACGGGGACACCAAGAACAAGGAGCUUGUGACAAAAAGCCCACUCAGCCUGCAGUUUGAUGGUCGAGCAGUCGAUUCAAACACUGGAAGACAUUACCUCUUCAACUCCAUGACCGGGACGCGACGCUGGAUGUGAGACCAUCAGCUUUUUUAUCGGGAAUCUUUCCCUUGAAUGGAUUGCAUCUCGGGUCUGUGUUCAUUUUCUGCAGUAUAUUUCAGUAUAUCAUGGUAGAUUAUUAGCGUUUUUCCCUGGAGUUUUUUCGAGGCAAAACCCAAGUGAAGGACCACAGCUGUAUCCCAUCACUGUAAUCCAUGACCUCAAGCACCUGCAAACACCAUAUGCCAAGAUAAAGUCUGUCGCUGUUAUAUAUCUGUACCUUGCUUUAUUGAUGAACUGCUUGCAAAUAAUCACUUGAAAUAUACAUGAUUAUAAAUCCUUUACCUUGUCGGUUGCCUGUUCAGUGUGAAAGGAUGUCUGACUGCUAUGAACUGCAGCAGGUGAGGGCACAUUUAUACUAGCUUUCAAUGUUACUAUAAAGUAAGAAUUGGAGAUGGGGAAGGAAUGCCUUCUAUUUUGGCA